AUGGGCACCCAUGGGACCUACUCCCUGACAGACACCACACCGGCCAAGACCAUACUGGUGUACCGCAAUGGGGACCAGUACUACGUGGGCAAGAAGUUUGUCUUCAACCGGCGGCGAGUGGCGUCCUUCGAGGCCUUCCUGAACCAGCUGAACGAGGCGAUCGAAGUGCCCUUCGGGGUGCGGCGGCUCUACACGCCCACACACGGCCACCAGGUCCAGGAGCUGGACAGCCUGCAGCAGGGGGGCAAGUACGUGGCCGCCGGCAGAGAAAGGUUCAAGAAGCUGGAUUAUUGUCACAUAGUUCCCAGAAAACCUUCAAAGAUAAGAAAACUCAAGGAAAUUAAACCAGUGGUACAUUGUGAAAUAAAUGUGCCUUCCAGGUGGCAAACAUUUAAUCGCAUAUCCCGACAUAUAAAUGUUUUCACAAAUGGAAGAUUAUUUAUUCCACCUGCAAAAAUUAUUAUACCCAAAUUCAGUCUGUCAGAUUGGAAUAGCGUGCUGGCCUUGAUUGGAGAAAAAGUCUUCCCUCUAGGAGGUGUUCGAAAAUUAUUUACAAUGAAUGGGCAUCUUUUGGACAACUCAAAGGAUUUGCAAGACCAUCAUUUUUAUGUUGCAGCAGGACUGGAGCCCUUUAAAUAUUUUCCUUAUUGGAAGUCCUCGAAGGUGCCCAGUGAGGUCCAACAAAAGUAUGCAGACACCGAAAAACACCCACGAAGGAAGAGGAAAGUAAAUUCCAAAGGAAAAGAGCCUCAUAAACCUGAAGACAUACCAACUAACACACAAGACUCUGUUUAUUACGCCAAAGAAAGAAAGAAAAAAACUUUGGUACAACCUUUAAUCAGGAGCGGUGCAGAAGGUGAUGUAUAUAAAGCUCGGACUCCUAAUGUGGAGACCCAAGGAGCACCGGAAGUAAAAGAGGACCAAGAUGUGAAAGAGGACGUGCCCGUGGAUCAGGUACAGUUCAUGCUUGGGUUGACGGGUGAAUUGUGACUACCAUUCUCCUCCACCUUCUCCUGGCUAACUCAGCAGCUCUGAAUACCAAGCAUUGAUGACCCUUUCACUUGUAGGCCCUAGUUCUGCUCCAUUGGCCCCUGUUUGCCUUUUCAGUCUCAUCCUCAACCUGCCCCGCCCCCCCCCAAGUUAUCCUUGGCCUC